AUGAUCCAGCUCUGGCUCCUGGACGCAAGUACCCCUGGAGGUGCCGAACACAUUCAGCCGCAGGCCGCGGAGUGGGACUUUCUCAGAUCACUUCCCCCAAGCGGCCGUAGGAGGGCUGCUCCUCUGAAGUUUGCCUCGAGAACCCCACGCAAAGGGAGCUCUCCGCCCGUCGCAGUCCCGGAGUCGACUCGUCGGGAGGUGCCAGAGGCAGAGUCGGAGGCGGGCGUGGAGGAGGGGUCCCGAGUGCGACCCGGGGCUGGGCGAGCGCUCGCUCUCUGUGGUGGUGUGGCCCCUCUCCCUCUCUCUCUCUCCGCUGCUGCAAAGGGAGGCGGGGGCUGCGGGGCAGCUUUCGGAGCGGGACGCCGCCCGCCUGUCCGCCAGCGAGCCUCAGGGGACUUCGGGCCAGCGGCGCGAAGCCUAGGGACGCGCACAGCCCCACUUGGACACGGGCUCCUGCUCCAGCACCCCUGGCCAGCCCAGGCGCACCGGGAGCGAGCGCGGCUGCCCGACCGAGCCCCCGCCAUCUGCGCCCGACCCGGAGCCUGCGGCCAGCUCGGCAAAGAGCCUGGUGACCACACCCCGCUGACUCAGCCCAUGAAGUGA